AUUGUUUCUUUUGUUUAAUGUUGCAGUAGCCAGUUUUGUGGAGACAUUAGAAUGCAGUUAGAGAAUGAUUUUAUGAAAUGCCUCCAGGCUGAGGCUGCAGAUGGGGGUGAAGUGGUGGGAAUUAGACCAUUACCUUGGUACCCUGAGAAUCUUGCUUGGCAUUCAAAUUUUUCUCGCAUGCAGCUGAGGAAGAAUCAAACCCUUGAAAGGUUCCAUGAGUUCUUGAAGCUAGAAAAUGAAAUUGGAAACAUCACGAGACAGGAGGCUGUCAGCAUGGUACCACCACUAUUCUUGGAUGUACAUCCGGACCAUUUUGUUCUUGAUAUGUGUGCAGCUCCUGGUUCAAAAACAUUCCAAUUACUUGAGAUGAUAUACGAGUCAAUUGAGCCUGGGUCAUUACCUAGUGGAAUGGUGGUAGCAAAUGACGUUGAUGUCCAGAGAUGUAAUCUUCUUAUCCACCAGACAAAAAGAAUGUGCACUGCCAAUUUGAUAGUCACAAAUCAUGAAGCACAACACUUCCCCAGCUGUCACUUAAACAAGAAUUUUGCUAAUGCUUUGGAGAAUGGAGUUGCAAUGGAGCCAAGUGUAAGUCAGCUCCUAUUUGAUCGUGUCUUGUGUGAUGUUCCUUGCAGUGGAGAUGGUACUCUUCGCAAGGCUCCUGAUAUCUGGAGAAAAUGGAGUGUAGGAAUGGGCAAUGGAAUCCAUGGUCUACAAGUUCAGAUAGCAAUGCGAGGGAUAUCUUUGCUCAAAGUUGGUGGAAGAAUAGUUUACUCAACUUGCUCAAUGAAUCCAGUUGAAAAUGAAGCUGUGGUUGCUGAGAUUCUGCGGAGAUGUGGUGGGUCUGUUGAACUUCUUGAUGUCUCCAAUGAGCUCCCUCAGCUUGUUCGUAGGCCAGGUCUUAAAAAGUGGAAGGUUCGAGAUAAGGGUAUCUGGUUAGCUUCUUACAAAGAUGUCUCAAAGUUUCGUAGAUCAGGAAUCACUCCCAGUAUGUUUCCUUCUGGCAAAAGCUACAUGGACACUUCUGAAAAUGAUAAUCAUACAGACUUGGGAGAAAGGCAUGAUAAUGGUGGUGAUGAGAAUUCAGAAAAGAAGGAUCUUGAAGCUCUAACAGAUGUUCUGGACGAGGAAAUUUCAACUCUCCCUUUAGAACGUUGCAUGAGAAUAGUGCCUCAUGAUCAGAAUACUGGGGCAUUUUUUAUUGCUGUCCUUCACAAACUUUCCCCUUUGCCAGCUAUUCAGAAGAAACCUACCAGUCUGUAUGGCAAGUUGAAGUCGAAUAAUACUUCUCGACCUGAGAAAUUAGCAAAGGAUGUGAAAGAGGAUAUAAAUGGAGUGGAAUUUAAUUUGACAGAUGUUACAGAGGAGCAAUUACCAGAAGCAGUUUCUGAUGCAGAUUUACUGGCAGCUUCUGAUGCAGAUUUACUCGGUAAUGAACUGGAGGAAUCUGCUUUGGAUAUUGAUCCUAGCAAAAUGUGUGAUGAAAUUGAACUAAAGGGGAUCCAAGAUCCUGUUGAUAAAGAAACUGGUAUUGAGAAAGUUGGGGGGAAAAGAAAGUUACAGAGUCAAGGCAAGUGGAAAGGUGUCGACCCAGUUGUGUUCUUCUCGAAUAAUGACAUAGUGGAUAGUAUAACGACAUUCUAUGGUAUUGAUGAAUCCUUUCCAUUCAGUGGUCACCUUGUCACAAGAAACAGUGAUACCAACCAUGUGAAGAGAAUUUACUAUGUAUCAAAGUCUGUUAAAGACAUCCUUGAACUGAAUUUAAAAGGGGGGCAACAGCUGAAAAUAACUUCCAUUGGCCUGAAGAUGUUUGAACGGCAAUCGUCAAAAGAAGGUUCAUUGUCACCAUGUGCAUUCAGGAUAUCAUCUGAAGGAUUGCCACUGCUUCUUCCACAUAUAACCAAACAGAUCGUACAUGCAUCCCCGGUGGACUUCAAGCAUCUCUUGGAAUAUAAAACCAUUAAAUUUGCAGAUUUUGUCGAUGCUGAAUUUGGUGAAAAGGCUUCAAAACUGAUGUUAGGUUGUUGUGUGGUGGUCUUGCGUAAAGAUGGCGAAAGUUCAGCAGAUCCUCCUAAAGUGGAUGCUUCAACAAUAGCAAUUGGAUGCUGGAGAGGUAGGACCAAUGUAUCUGUGAUGGUAACAGCGAUUGACUGUCAGGAAAUGCUUGAAAGGCUGUCAAUGUGGAUGGAGACCAAAAAUGGCUCUGAAUUGCCAGAAACCAAGCCCUCUGAUGCUGAUCCUGAAGAACUCGGAACAAAUGAUGUUGAAUCUAAAGAAGAUGCUGAAACCAUCGAAAUGGCAACUGUUGGUUGAACCUGAAACAUUUCCAUUGGAGUUGGGACUUUCCAGGGAUCUCCCCCCUUAUAUUUUGUUGUGAUUUAAACCUCACAAAUUAGAACACUUAAUAUAGUUUAGUUUGACACCUUUAUAAUGAAUUGUAGUAUGUUUCCUUAGAAAAUGAAGUCAUCUUUACAAUGUUUGUUGCAAAGCAGGGUGUCUGCUCUAUUGAGAGCAUGAUCUUAUAUUCUGAUGGUCUGAUUAAAACACUGGGCAAAAAGCUGCGGCUUUAAAUUAUGGCAUCAUAAGAUGAGAGUCCUGCCUGUGUAUUCUGUAUUGAAAAAAAACGUUUUCAAUACAGAAUAUAUGCAUGUUCGCAUUUUUACAAUUGAAGAUACGGGUAUUUUUUUUGUA